ACGUGAAUUAUCUUUAUUCAAGAUCAUCGGACAUUAUUGACACUAAAGCCAUGGAGAAUUCACCAAUUUCUAAUGCUGUACCCACGAAUAAUCGAUUCAAUAUUCGUCGGAUCGUGAAUGAAUUUGGAUUGAGUGAUCUACAAAGGGUCUUAUAUAGUGUUAGGCAGAACUUAUCUGGUAACCAAAAUGAGUUACGUUUGCGGAUUUUUAACUUCUUAACUGAUGAUACAUCUCUAUCAAAAGUUAUGCGAAGAAAAAUUAUUGAGCUUCAUUUAUUUAACCAAACACGACUUCAAUAUUCACCACAACCACACAUUGCACAACAAAAAAAUGUUUUAUGUCAAAUUUCAUUAAUCGACGAAUCUUGUCCACAGCCACCUAGCACAGAAUCUUGUGAUAUAGAAAUUGAAGAAUUAAAGACGAAUUAUUUAUCAACAGAUCCUGAAAAUUAUUUGGCUAAUUCGUGUGAUUCAACUAGUAAAGAACGUACAACGAAAACAGUUUUAAGAUUACAGCGGGUUGGAACAGGCGUUAAAGAUCAUUUACCUUUUAAUCUUAAAGUUACUUUAAAUAAUUAUGUAUGUGAGUUGCCUACUUUAAAUAUGUCUAAAAUAAGAGGUGACUUUCCAUGGCGAGUCAGUGUCCCUAUUGAUAUAACUGAACAUGUAAAUUUUAAUAAUUUUUCACAGAACAAAUUACAUAUUACUUGGUCAAAUGAUCCGUUUACUUACAUAGCUGGUGUUUCUGUAAUUAAAAUAUUAACUUGUGAAGAUCUGCUUGUAAAACUUAAAAAUAGACCUGUAUAUAGUAUUGAUAAAACUAAAGAGUUAAUCAAAAAUUUAAUGAACAACGAAGCUGAAUUAAAUGUGGACUCCUUGAUUAUUACUCUUAAAGAUCCAAUAACUACACUCAGUAUGAAAUUGCCUUUUCGAGGAUUAAAAUGUGUACAUUUGCAGUGUUUUGAUCCUAUAUCAUUCUUACAGAUGAAUAAACUCAAGGGAACAUGGGAAUGCCCAAUAUGUAAGAAACAAAUGAAAUUUAAAAACAUUGUAAUUGAUGAAUAUUUUUUAAAAAUAAUUCAAAGUUCUGAGUUAAGUGAAGAAUGUGAAAAUAUUGUGCUAUUUAAAAAUGGUUCGUGGACUGAGAAAAAAAUUAAAGAGAUUAAUUACAUAGAAUGA